GAGAGAGAGAGAGAGAGAGAGAGAGAGACUUAAAAUGGUGAAUGGUGGUGGUGGUGAUGGUGAGGAAGUGAGGAACAAGCAGGUGGUAUUGAGGGACUACGUAUCUGGUGUUCCCAAGGAAUCGGACAUGUGUGUGAGAACUGUAACCAUGAAUCUGAAGGUUCCGGAGGGCUCCAAUGGGAUAUUGGUGAAGAACCUUUACCUAUCCUGUGACCCCUACAUGCUUACCAAGAUGAAGAAAGUUGAGGGUCCUAAUCUUUCUGGUUCCUUUACCCCUGGCUCCCCAUUAACUGGGUUUGGGGUAGCCAAAGUAUUGGAUUCCAUGCAACCAGAUUUCAGGAAAGGUGACUUGGUUUGGGGUACAACCAGAUGGGAAGAGUACAGUCUCAUUACUGAAACGCAAGGCCUCUUCAAAAUCGAGCAAACCGAUGUGCCCCUUUCCUACUAUACCGGGAUUCUUGGUAUGACUGGUUUGACUGCUUUUGCCGGUUUUCACGAAGUUUGUUCUCCCAAGAAAGGAGAAUAUGUCUUCAUUUCUGCAGCAUCUGGUGCAGUGGGUCAGCUGGUUGGGCAAUUUGCAAAGUUGAUGGAUUGCUAUGUUGUAGGAAGUGCUGGAAGUAAAGAAAAGGUUGAUUUACUGAAGAAUAAGUUAGGGUUUGAUGAGGCUUUCAAUUAUAAGGAAGAAAAUGACUUGGAUGCUGCUUUAAAAAGGUACUUCCCAGAAGGCAUUGACAUCUACUUUGAGAAUGUUGGGGGCAAAAUGCUUGAUGCCGUGCUACUUAACAUGAGAGCCCAUGGCAGGAUUGCUGUGUGCGGAAUGAUCUCACAAUACCAUCUUGAUCAACCUGAAGGUGUUCAUAACUUGAUAUAUGUUAUCCCUAAAAGGAUCCGAAUGCAAGGACUUGUUGUCUUCGAUUACUUCAAUAUCUAUCCUAAGUUCUUGGAGCAAGUGCUGCUUGACAUCAGAGAAGGGAAGAUUGUCUACGUGGAAGACAUAGUUGAAGGGCUUGAGAAUGGCCCUACGGCUCUGGUCGGAUUUUCCAGUGGCCGUAAUGUCGGAAAACAAGUUGUUGCUGUUGCUCGCGAGUGAUCGAUUGAUAUCGAUGUAAUCUUCUGUUUGUAUAUCUUUUUACUACUGUUGUGUUGGGGUUUAUGUCGAAUGCUUUGUGAAAUAAGGAAGCCUAGCUAGUACGCGUCUAUCUGAGGCUAGGGUCGGACGUUUUAUGGCUUGUUGUUUUUCACAACAGACUGUUGGUCUUGUGGCCAUGUAUGCAUUGCUGUCCCUGUGCAUGUGGCUUUUGUGUUUGCCCUUGUAAAUGACAAAAAAAUAAAGACAAUGGUUUGCCCUUUGUUA